AUGAGAGCAGUUGAGAUCAUCGCAACAGCAGCAGCAGUCAAGCAACCAUCACGACUCAAAAAGCCAGUGCCCAGCACCAUUCACAAGGUAAAGACUGAGAAGGUUGAUGAGCCCUCUCCUUACAGUACGCCUCCACAUCCAACAACAUCAACAACCACGACAACCACCUCAACAACAAGCACUGCGGUCAACAACAACAAUAACAAUAACAACAACAACAGGAGAGUCUCGAUCACGUCCUCUAGUCUCAAGGCAACAAAGGCGAUACCAGCAGACUUGACUCCAAAGGUCAUGGCAUCAGUGCAGCACUACUUGGACACAGGAUACCCAAUCAAUAACCUCAACUAUGACCUUGGGAAGGACUUGAAGAACGUGCCCUAUGAGGAGAGAAAUAAACUCAAGAGAGAACUGAUAUCAGAAGCUGGCACGAUGGCGAGACUACAGGCAAUGGACUCGCUCAAACCGAUCCAACAUCACUGGCACCACAGGUGUUGGAGUUGGUCAAGCAAUACUACGACAGCGACAUCGCCUCACAACAGCUGUACAAUGAGUUGA